UGCUCCUUCUUCCAACAGCGGCAAAGAAAUUAUGAAGAUGUGUGUAUUGUGCAUUUUGUACAUAUGCACUAUUUUGAAUUUCAGAGAUACAGCCAGCAGAAGCAUGGCUCCUAGGAUCACAGAACCCCUUAAAAACAUAAACUUGCAAGUGGAAGCAGGCUCAAGCAUAGAUUUAUGUUGCUCUGCACUGCUUGAAUCUGAAGGUUCCGUAAAUGCUACAAUUAUUUAUUGGCUGAUAAAUGGCUCUUUCAUAGAAAACAUUAGCAGUAUCCACGAAGGUUCCCAAAGGGUAUCUAAGAAAGGAGAUCAAAAUUAUGUUUACAUUAUACUUCGUAUAAAUGAUGUUAUUCCAGAAUUAUACAACAUUCCAAUUACGUGUAUAGCAAACAGCCCAUGGGGGGGAGACAAUUCAACACUUUAUUUGAGAGCCGUUAAAACAGGUUCUUCUAAAUGGAAGGUGAUCAUCCCUAUCACUCUUCUAUGUCUUCUUGUUUUGGCUUUACUAGUGGCAUUUAUAUAUAAAUAUUUACUUCCAUGACAACAACCUCAUUUUUACUUUUAUAACCCAUCACAGCAUGACAUAAAAGUAAGCUAAGUUUAGGACUUUCACUGUUGCCAAGAACAAGGAUCUCAAAAUUCCCAAUUUUUAGCCAGAGACCAAAACAAGUAUGUAUCGUCAAUUUCUGUGGAGAUAAAAGGGAAUGUGGGAAAUGUGAGUGUACAGUAUAUUGAACAGGUUCCCCUUCACUAACAACCUUUUUCCUCUAUUUGACAUGUACUAUUUAUUGUAUGCAAAUAUAAAGUUAUUAUAUUUAUCUUUAUAUAGUGGCUAAAAAUUAUGCAGCACUUUACAAUUUUGAGGGCACAAAUAAAAUUUUAAAACAUAUGCAUAUUUGCUUUGAGAAAGAAGAGAAAAUAAAAAAAAAGGAUUGCAGAUGUUACAAUUGGAGAAAAGGGGGCAAUUUCAAAUCGUGUCCUUCCACUCUCAUGCCAGUAACAUAUUUCUCGGGCUUCCCUGACUGAAGCAAGUGUUGCAGAUACACAGAACCAGGAUCUCUACUGACCUCUGCUGUUAAUCUGGUAUUAUAGCAAUGAAGACAACGCAACAUAUAAACAUGUUGCAUUACACUGAACAAGCAAAAAAGGGAAUGGAGAAAAGACAAAUUGUUCAUAGUUUCAGGAAAAGACAUGGACUUCUGGAUGCUGUGAACGGAGCUCCGAACUGCAGGGCAGCGCACAACCCCUUUAAGGUUUUAAAACAUGUAGAUGGCAAAUAUGCUGUUACAUCUUAUGGGCCUCUUGCUGCCUUGAAAAACUGUCACCAAGGUGCUGUUCUAAUAACGAUUAAAUAACUUUUUAAGGUAAAUGUUUUGCAUUAUUCAAAAACUUACAUUUUCAUAUAUAUGAGGUGGCCCAGUAGGGAAGUUGUUACCCCGUACCCAGCCUCCCUGCAGUGUCCCCUGGGCCCCCCUGCAUCUGGUCUACUGUAAUUGUUUAUUAUCCCCUAUGUUAUGUAUAUAAGAAUGUUGUAUCUUUAAGAAAGGUUAACAUGUGAUCACCAGUUGUCAUGUGAGUUGUCAUGUGAUUGUUACCCAGGAGGUAUCAGUGACCAGGUGACUUAAGGGUGACCAAUGGGACCCCACCAGUGUCUCCCCCAUGUAAGCCCUGGGAGGAGUCUCUUCUCUCUCUUAGUUCCUGAGUCUUUGCUGAGGUGCAGUGGAGCCUAAGAGUGUGUCUGGGGACAUUGGAGGCCUCAAGUCAAGUCUGUAGCCACAAGUUACAAGUCUACAAGUAAGCUAAAGUUACUGCUUAGUCUGUCUCCAGUCAAGUCAGUCACUGUCAUCUAUUGUCAAGUCAUCGUGGCCUGCACUAAAUUGUCCAAAACCACUGCAAGUCCCAGCAAGCCCUUAAGGUCUCUGAAGUCACUGGUCACCUCCGUGGCCUGGCUACACUGUAUAGACUGUACCAUCUGUCACUCAGUAAAGCUACUG